UUGCGAUGGACGACCUGGUUUCCCAAUUCGGUAUCCAUGUCACUAGCCUCCCGGGCCUUCCACCCGCUCGGUUCUGGAUGCUACACACACACACGUGGCGAUGCCAAAAACGGGGUCCCCUUUUGAUGAAGCCGCCCGUCGACCGCGGUUUUCUCUCAUCCUGGAGCCAAUCACUUCUCGUGUGCGGCUUGUUGGCGGUGGGGCGCCACUCGCUGCUUGCCGUUUCCAGCUCGAGCUUGCUUCGAGGGCCAAGAGGGCUGAUGCUGCUAGACGAUGCCCAGAGGUGGCUACUAAAACCUCAUUUCCGGCCCUAUUAGGCAUGUAGCACGCCGGUCGCGGGGUUCGUUCGCGCCCCAAAACAAGACCAUCGGUAUCCAAAUCAAUGCAUCAGUCAGGUAUAUAGGUAGGUCGAGGGAGAUGUCGACGUAGCAGACCUUUGGGGGUGGUGGCGUUUAAGCACCACCCCCGAGAAGCAUUGCGAGAGACUCCCCCAAGAAACCCGCGCCCACUUGAUCAGCCCAGAUAAGACACAGUACAGUGGUCACCAUGGCUCAGAUGGCACAGCAGCAGGGGCGGAAGCCACAAGGGGUCUACGUCCUCAUCCUAUCCCACGCCCUCACCGGCCACAUCACGCACUUCCUGAGGAUCGGGAGGUUCCUCCUCGAUCGCGGCUGGCCCGUCGGCCUCCUCGGUCCCACGUCGCACCGCGCCCGCAUCGAGGCGGCCGGCAUCGAGUUCUUCCAGCUGCGUGGCCUCGCGGACCUCGACGAGGACAAGCUCUUCUGCCGCCGCCGCGGCGGAGCCUCCGAGUACGCCAAGCUGCCGCCACACGAGCGCGCCUUCCUCGACACCAAGACCCAAGUUCUCGACACCAUCCCGGACCAAUGGGGCAGCAUCAAGGAGACGCUGGCGGCGCUGAACACGCGGGGCGGCGUCGGCAAGGUCGUCGUCAUCUGCGACCCCUUCGUGUACGGCUACCUGCCGCUCAAGCAGGGGGCGGCGCUGCCCGACGGCGUGGCGGAGCCGCGGUCGCUGUGCGUCUCGGUGUGCCCGCCGCUGAUCCGCGGCGCCGGCAAGGUCCCCUUCGGCUUCCCGUUCCCCUACGACCCGAGCCCGGCCGGGGCCGCGCUCGCCGAGGUGCUGUGGCAGCGCUGGGCGGCCAUGUCGGCGCCCCUGGCCGCGGCGCUGGACGGCCGGAUCCUCGAGGCCGGCGCCGCCGAGGGUCUGGGCGGCGAGGUGAUGUUCGCGGGCCACAACUACGCCGUCCACGAGGCCAUCCUGCACCUCGGCCUCCCCAGCCUCGAGUACCCGCGCGACGACUGGCCGGCCGGCUUCCAGUUUGUCGGCGUCUUCCCGCCCGAGGACAAGGUCGUUGGCGGCUCCGGAAGCGACGAUGACGACGAAGACGACGAGACGGCGCACGUGCCGUGGUGGGGCGACUUCGUGGCCAACGCGUCCCUGCCCAGGGACGACCCGGCGAGGAAGCGCGUGGUGCUGGUGACGCAGGGCACGGUGCAGACGGACCUCACGGAGCUGGUGGUGCCGACGAUGCGGGCGGCCGCCGAGCUGCGGGGGCAGGAGGGCGAGUUCGUCCUCGUCGCCAUCCUCUGCCGGAAAGGCGCCGCGCUGCCCGAGGGCGCCGAGGUGCCGACAAACGCGCGGGUGGUCGACUACCUGAGGUACGGCGCCGUGCUGCCAUACGUGGACGUCUGGGUCCAGAACGCGGGCUACGGCGCCGUGAUGCAGGCCAUCGCCGCCGGGAUCCCCGUGGUGGCGGCCGGCGAGGGCCAGGACAAGGCCGAGAACGGGAGGAGGAUCGCGUGGUCCGGCAUCGGCGUGGACCUGACCACGGAGCGGCCCUCGCCGGAACAGGUGAAGAACGGGGUGCUCGAGGUGCUGGCCGAGGCCAGGUACAGGGACAGGGUGCUCGAGAUGCAAAAGGAGGCCGCAAAUUUCCCGGUUGCCGACAUAAUCGACAGGGAAGUGCAGAAUCUGGCGAGGGACUAGUUCUAGUUCACCUGAGGGGAGGAAAUAGGACGCUUAGGGGCUUGUGAUGCCGGCCCUGGCAUAGGUACCUCUCAUGCUGGUUUAAUUCAGUGAAACGGUGCAAAAAAGCUAGGAUGAAGGGACUUAGCAGGGAUCGAGGUUUACGCCCAAGCGUGACCCUUGUAUAUAGAGAGACAGCCAAAUUACGCUGUCCAGAUACAUAGCAGUUCCACAGGCCUUUUUAUCUUUCCUGUCCUGGCCUCGUGGUGGUGGGAUCGUUGCUUGUUUUCGACUUUCCGCCGCGGCGCACGGGUUCGUCCUACUGAAUUAAACCGGCAUGAGAGGGU